GCUUCUGUCAUAGUUCGUUGGUGUAGUCUGUCAUUUACGUGCUUCGAUUGUUUGCUUUACUAUUUCUAAUUCUAACGUUUUAUUUUAGACUAUUGCAAAGAUUUUAUUCGUAUUAAGUUUUCUUUACGCCGACAUCUCCUUUAUUUAAUUUUGCACUCAAACGCUUUUGCAAGAACUUGUAGUGUUUUAUGAGUUCUAUAAAUUUUAUUUUUUAAAUAAAUCUGAUCAGUGGCCGUCUGUAAAUACCUUCAUGUUUCUUCUUAAUAUUGUACAAAAUCUAAGUGUUUAAGUGAACAUCAACAAGCGCAAAUGCCAAUUGCCGGUAACAUUUCGAUGACAAAACUCGUUCGUGUUUCGGCGGGAGCGUGGUGGGACUAUGUUGUUUCUCGGUGCCUUAACGAUCGGUAUGAUAACUGGGCUGCAGAAUGUCACGACCGAUUUGCCAUCGACGGGCAGUGACGUCACGGAGGUCCCUGAAUCCACGGAGAGGACAAGUGAAAUGGGGUUGCUGGAGACGACGAAGUUAUCAGGAUCCCAAGUGGGAGACUUCGUGAACGUUACCAUUCAGGAGCAGCCGUCAAUGUGGGAGUUGUACUUACACCACUGCCCCAAGUGGCGGCCAAUAAAUCAUAUAUUUUUCCAAGUGGCCAACAUUUUUUUCUUGCUUUCAUUCUUGGCUCCUCAUACUCCUAGUGGGUUGAUAUGGUUGAGGGUGGCGCUUAUCAUCGGGUGCGCGUUCUCGGGCAUGUGGGCGUGGAGUGUGGAGUGCUACCUGGACGGAGUGCUGUGGAACAGUGCAUUUAUUGUGAUAAACUUUGUGUACUUCUCAGUGCACUUUUAUUUGAUGAAGCCAAUCAAAUUCCACAAAGAUAUAGAGGAGGUCUACGUGGCUCUCUUCAAGCCCCUAAGGGUGUCAAGGAGACAGUUCCGCCGCGUGCUAAUGUGUAUGCGGAACGUGCGACACCUCAAGUGCCAUGAACUGUACGCGCACGAGAAGGUCACCAAAGUGGACAGCCUCUCCCUCGUGCUGUCCGGCAAACUGGUGGUGUCCCAGAACCAGAGGGCGCUACACAUAGUGUUCCCCCACCACUUCUUAGACUCGCCAGAGUGGUUCGGCGUGUCUACAGAUGAGUACUUCCAGGUGUCAAUAAUGGCUAUGGAAGAGUCCCGCGUGCUGGUGUGGCAUCGCGACAAACUGAAACUGUCCAUCAUGUCGGACGGCUUCCUGCAGGCGGUGUUCGAUCACAUACUGGGCCGAGAUGUGGUACAUAAGCUUAUGCAGGUGAGCGAAACGAUGGCAGUAAGUAACGGCCACCUACCCAACAGUUACGAAGAGGGUGAAGACAAACCUAUGCUCGUGGUGAAGAAGGCGGGCGACGGGCCCGGCAUCACCGCACUACUCAACAGGCAGCUGCAAGCAACAGACCCGAACGCGUGGCGACUGGGUCGGAUCGAGGAGGCAGAUCACGAGACGCCGGUGUGAGGACGGGCCCUGCACGUCGCGGUGCGACCGCGCGCUCUGCAUCGCGGACCGCAACACGCCCGCCGCUAGUGCACGUAACUAUCAACACUCGAAUAUUCAGAACGCGCUAUAGUGUUACAGCAAGUGAAGUGGACAUGUUGAUGUGUGAACUAGGCCUUUAAGCUUGAGAUUCGUAAUAGUCACAAAGUUUAUGCGUUACCAGCUUUAUGUCAAGUGAUCGUAUGUAAUAAAACCGAUCAGUUUUGCAAUAAUUUGCAGUGCACAAUUUUUCGAUACAAUACAAAUGGUUUCAUACGUGAAGCCCCUAAUUAUUGAAACUGUUUUAAAACUUACUUAUUGAUUUAAUAUGUACUUGAUAUUGUACCGAGAGCACCUCUAAAAAAAUUAAUUAAUUGUGACCUUGGUCAUAAUUAAUUUAAUUAAAAUUUCUUUAUUAAAAUUACCUGACUGAUGAUUUUCUAACUGGAUGCAGAAAAACGACUUCCUAAAUUAUAUCUGUAUUGACUGAAAAAUAGCCUAUCAUAUCAAGGAAAUAACCUAGCCAAUAUUUAUAUAUAACACCUUUGAUAUUUAUUGAAAUAAAGCGAUUGAAAAUAACUUCUCGCAAACUGGCAUAUCUCAGUUCAUACUUUCAUACUUAUUGCAUUCUUGCGGACAUGCGCUCCGUUGUGUGUGAAAUAGGCCUAACGAAUGUUAUACUUGCAAUAUUUUUUAUAAAUAUUGAAUAUACUAUGGUGUCUUUAGAAAAUGUAUGGAUAUAAGUAGGGAUUUAAAAUCAUGAUUGUGCGAACGGAAAGAUGAUAUUACUAUUAUUUUAUGUAUAUAAUAUACAUUGUAUGUAGAUAGAUAUAUAAUUGAUAUUGGCCACUCCUUUUGUAUAUACGAUAGGUACAUACCUUAUGUCCCUAUAGUAAUUGUAACAAACGGAAAAGUAUGUUUUGUGUAUAUAUUUAUAUAUAGACAAUAGAUAUUAUAUUUGUAAUACGUGUGUGUACAAAAUAUAUGUUUAAACGAAUUUAAAGGGAGACGUAACUUGCGUUCUGUUUCAGCUAGAGUUUCAUAGCAAAAUUCCCAUACAAAGUUUUUAAUAUAGCUAUUACCUCACAACAGUAUUUGGGGUCCUAAUAUUAUAUUUAAAAAUAUUUUUCAAUUAAUUUUGCAAUAAAUUUUGAAUUCGUGACUUAAUUUUUUUUUUUCUAAGGCAGUAUGAUACAAAUUAAGAUGAUUCAACCAUACAAUUUACAUUUACAAGCAUAUAAGCUAUUUAUUAUGAAGAAAUUAUAGUAAUAAAGAACAAGUACACAACUUAUGACCUGCGCACUCGAAGGACAUUUUAUCUGCGGCCAAAAUUGCCUUUUAUAUUUUGCUUCAUUUUCCCAUGCUUUAAAUAAAUUAAUAUGUUCACGAAUAUAAUCCAUAAUGGAGUAUUUGGGGUAUUUAAUGGAUGAUAAUGGUAUGGUAACCCCGCCUGCGCUAACGGUAUACGCUGGCGAAGCACCAGUGAAGGGUGAUAGAUGAGAAUUAAAACAGGCCAGUUAGUCCAUCAUGAUGAAUUAAUCAGGAAUUAACCAUGAUAGUUUCCAGUGAGAACCGCGAGGAGGUCGACCGGAGGAUUCUCAGUCUCCAUUACUAACAAUCUCUAUCCCCCCUCCCUAAUGGAGUAGGUAGGGGGAUAUGUCGACUGUUUAUGAAUGAUCAAUGAAUGACAUGUAUUCGGCAUACUAAGAUCAUUCAUUUUACGGUGAGUAUAUUUGCAUCAAACAUGUCAAGGAUCGACAGCCACCCUGUCCCAAUUGAUCCAAUUGACGGCAAUAGGAUUAAUUCAGUGUUUAAUCACCGCAGUAUGUGUGGGAGAUUUGAAGUGAUAAUCAAAAAUUUUAUCAGUUAAAUUCGAAUUAACAAAUACUGUAUGUUGUGCGUGCAAUACCGUACGCGACAUCACAAAGAUCGCUGACAAAAUGUCCAUCGUGUAGUACGGCCUUUAACUCAACAAUGAAGCAAUAAGUACAGUUAUAAAAUAACGGUAUUGAUAAAGGUGUCCUCUUCAUGUAAACGUGUAUCGAAUAUUGUAUGUUUGAUGUUUAAAUGUUCUUUGAAUAUGAUGUACCUAAACAUUCCAAAUUAUUUUUGUUUUGUGGCUAAUUUGAAUGUUUCUAAUUGUUACUAUUGGUAACGCACUGCCAAUGCAAACUAUUAAUAUAGGUAUUGACUGUAAGCUCCUAUGAAAUGUGCAGCUAUGGACGCUAUGGUUAUAUUUGGUAAAUGUCUAAUAUGUUGUAGAACAAUCUUAAGUGAUAAAAUAUAAUUACUGAAGUAUUGUUAUAUUAUGAGCCCGCAGAGUCCAGACGAGAGACAAAUAUUUCCUAUCUGAUUGAAUAGAGCACUAUUUUUUACGCCUACUUUAACACAUUUAAUAAACAAUUAUGGCAUGUCUUUUUGGAAAUUUGCAAAUAACAAGACACAAAAAUAAUAUUAAACAAAUACAUUUUUAUUAUAGGUAAUAUUUGUCUCUUUUAUGUAUCGAUAUUUCUAUGAACUUCUCAAAAUUAUUUCAAAUAAAAACCAAUUAUAGAAAUAAAUUCUCGAUGGAAAAUACCCAGUGAAUAUGACGAUACCAACAUAAAUUCUUUGUCUGCUCAGGCUUAUAAAGGCUAAUGCAAACAAGCAACAGUUUUCAGGGUACACCACAAUGUUCCUUUAGGUAUAUGGAGCACUAUUCUUUUGUCAUUUUAAUGGACUAAAAAGUACCUGACUAUCCACCAUUAUUAUAUGCGUCAUCCAAAUAAAACAGCAGUAACAACAGUGACAAAAUACGUGCAUACGACUAUAUCAUUUGAAUCUCUCGUGUUUUUGUUAAUUACUUUUAAACUGUGAUUUUAUUUUGGUACGAAGACAAAAUGUGAUUGUGUAUAGAUCUAUUACUUGCCUUGAUGUAUUUCAUAGAGCACCUGGUGUGUUAAAUUAGAAUGCCUUAACGAAUUGCCAUUUGUGAUGAAUGUAAAUUAUGGAUGAGUGACUAUAUAUAAAUUGAAUCAUUGUAGUACAUGUUGAGACGACUAGAGAUUAAUGAAAUAAAAGUAACAAAUUGUGUAAA